CUUUCACUACUUCUGGCCAUAAGGCGGAAUGCAGCGCAUGAAAUCAGGGGCUUGGGGAUAUUUCUUUCCCCGUAGUGCGAAAAAGAGGGCCAGGUAUGAGACGAAACGCGUUCUAUGUACUCUCCUGGGAUGGCGCCACGCUUCAAGGUUGCAGCGCGCUUUUUUUUUUUUUUGUGAUUGCUGCAAUCCGCUUCUCUCUGCUCAACGAUCGCCACCUCCAUAAGCAAAGCAAGGCAAACCGAAAGACGAAAUAAAAUAAAGCUUACGGCUAAGCGACACGCGCGACUGGGAGAUCACGUGGUGUCGCGUGCGCGAGAAAGAGGGCAGCACUGUUCGGCACGCAAGUGCCUCCACACCUAGCGGCGUUCGCGGCAACUAGAUCGGGGUGCGGGCUUGCGGUGAAGCGGCUGGCCAGGGAGGGCAAGCUCCGGGGCUGGGGCUCUCUCGGUCGGCGUGUGUCGCAUUGGUGCGCGCUCGACCUCGGCAUGGGUCCCGUCGUAGGGCGUAGCUAGGACUCGCUGCUAGCAGCACUCGGUGCCCCGGCCUGCUCGAAGAAGGCGCAACCGGAGGAGGAUCAACGCAGUUUGCUUUCUCGGGCGAAAUAGGGAGAGAGUAGAAACAGAGGAAAGGCCGCGAUGACGGUGUCUACCGUGCUCACGACGACGGCAUCACCGCUUUUUAUGAUAUUGCUGCUUCUGCUACGGGCAGGGCGGCCAGACUCGUCGGCUGCGUUCGCUGCACCAUCUCCGGCCCCCGGUAAUGAUACAACGACCGCAGUCAGCGCCCCUGAGGCGACUUGCGAGUCGGACGCGGACUGCCGGCGACUGAGCUUCCAGGCUGCCACGGUGGGCGUCGGGUGCGACGUGUCGACGCACCGAUGCGUCUGCUCCAACCGGACGCUCGUGCUCACGCGCCGCGGGACGUGCCUGCCCAUUCGCAUGCUGGGACAACCCUGCCGGCGCAACGAGCAGUGCCUAAAAAUUGACAAGAACUCUGAGUGUGACGACGGCUUCUGCAAGUGCAAAGAUGGCUUCUUUCUAUUCAAUGACAUCAACGGCACAUACUGUUUACCAGACGUGGAGGUACAGACUAUGCAUCCUUACGGCUUGAUGCCCAAGGACAACAGCCUGUCAGAGGAAAACAUGGUGCCCAUUAUCGUCUGCCUGGCCAUCAUGUUCGUUGGCAUGUGCGUUGCCCUGCAGUUGUUCAGCAGGGCUCGUUUCCGCAACCAGCGCACUAUCUUCAACACUCCAAACCCGCGGCUGUCGCACCUCAAGAUGGACAGCAAGCGGCGCCAGAGUCACGCGAGCCUGUACGCAGGCUCUCGCAGAGCCAGCGCCUGUUCCCAGCUGUCGCCUUCCAAGACGGCAGGAAGCAGGGUCGGAAGUAGGGCUGGUAGCAGAGCCGGAAGCAGGAGCGGAAGCCCCGACGUUCGACGCUCUUCAGGUUUUCAGCAUCAUGGCGAGCACCACGGAGAGCGCCAUGGAUCCAAGGAUAGCGGCCACACACUGAUUGCCAGAGCUGCGGAGUCGCUCCAGAACGGCUCUCCCAAGGUGAUCGUGAAUCGGGGACGGUCCCCGUCACCACCGCCGCAAGCGUGAGCCCGCCCCCCAACGUCGCCGGCUGAGCAGCAGCAACAGCAGCAGCAGCAGCAGCAGCAGCAGCAGCAGCAGCAGCAGCAGCAGCAGCAGCAGCAGCAGCAGCAGCAGCAGCCAGUCUUGCGUCGCCCCAGCUGAACGCUCAGUGCAGAGCCACCCAACCUCCCGCUUCGUAUCUUCUCUUCCACCCACCAACACGCGGUGCUUUCAUCUCAGCCGAAAAACGCCAUAGUGCGCCUCCCGCACGCGCAUUUUGUGCGGCAUUACUCGGGCCUACGAUGUUAUACGGAAAUUGUUGAAGUGGAGAUGGCUUCCAGCAGCAGAAGCCAUACAGGACCCCACCUUACCGUGGUGCCCUGAAAAGCCCCUGUGUUCUAUACUGACAGCAGAAAGCGUUCUUGUCUGGUUUCCGGUGGCUGUCCAGUUUCUAAAACAGGCCCGAGAUGACGUUGCUCGACUUCUGUUAUUGCGCAAUCGAGCGAUACUGGUUUGCCUUUGGACAAGCCUCUCCUCAUAGGCGACUGCCUGUGUAAAUUUUUGUAUGUUUGUUUGUUUGUUUGUUUGUUUGUUUGUUUGUUUGUUUGUUUGUUUGUUUGUUUCUGAUGACCUACCCAAUGUACGUGGUAAGAUGAAGAGAAACGCUGUUUUGUCCUGAAAAAAAAAAGUUUAAAAGAAGGGAAAGCGUUUGACUAACGUCCAUUAUUAUCCCAUGGUGGAGGGUCUGCAUAUAAAAAGACAAAGCAUCAAACUUACACUUUUCUUUUUUUAAGCUGUUUACCGGUUUAGUGUUAGAGUAUCGAUGAUUUGCACUUCCAGGAAUGCAUGCCAGGAAUCACGUCACAUUGUGGGGAAUCGUACAGCCAGCAGACUGACGCAAACUUCAUGUAGCGCUAAAGUGUGCGGUUUCCUCGUGAGAUAACACGGAUGCGUUAAAAUGGAUUCCUUUGCUAUAGUGAAUGGCCAGUGCAGAACAACUGCUAAAAAUAAGAGCCAUAAGCACGUCGCAAUUAUCGCCAGAAUUCGCGUCUGCAUACGAUGCCGAUAAGGCGCUUUCGCACACUCGACCACGUGCGCGCGGGCGCACGUAUACGCGCCGUUAUUCGCGUGCUCGACUCAGCUUAAUUGAGCUUUUUCCGGCCACGCGCUAUUAUAUAACAGCUACCGGCUCACUCGUCCUGUUCCGCCGAAAAGGUGUUGUCAGGGGCCACACAUGUGUGUCUGUGUGCGCAUUCUUUCGAACUCUAGACGCUUUUAAUCAUUCAUUCAUUGAAUUCCCGCUGCCAGCCACUAGGCUCCACUUUCCAUCGCAUCAAGAAGUCCAUAUUGCUUAAUGCAAACUCCAAACAUCUCUGUGGCACUGUCAGGUUGAAUGACAUAAACCACCUAUUGCGACUUGGCCUUCCAUAUAGGAUACCGGCAGCACGAGUAAAUGUUUAAUGGGGUCUGCCUUAACGGUUGUUCGAACAAGCAGUGUUAACGCUUCUCAAGGCAAGAAACGGUGAAAUCCGAAGCUGGUAAUUUCAAAAACGCUCACCGAGUCAUACACAACGUUAACCUAGCAACCAGAUGCCGAUUGAGCCUUUAACUUGUCUACAAACAUACGUGUUGCUCAGCAAAGCUUAUGUAUAAUUUGUUUCGCAUCCGAAAAAAGUUUUAAAUAUACGUUUGAUUAUAAAGCGGUUCUUAUUCAGAUUAAUCACAGUUGCCUAAAAGAUACGGACAAGUCUGAAAUAACGUUUAGAAUUCGAAAAAAAAUCAUAUUCGAUCUUUGGCAAUAUUUAUGGAUGUCAUAGCAUUCAAUGACAUUAAUCCGAGACGCGUAGCUCCUACUCCAAUAUUGACAGUGUUAAGGGACUCGGUUAUUCAAUCACGUUAUUUAUUAGCUCCGUUCGUAACGUUGUAAUUCACAUUAACUACUAGUACCGCUUCGCAUAUUGGGUUGAUCGUGAAGAUCUUGCUUGGAGGAUUCCUUAAUGUGACUUGACAUUCACGAGGGUGAAACGACUAUUCACAUUUGUCACCAUGUCCAUUCAUAGGUCAUGUUGAUAAUGCAGAAGAGGAAACUGGCAAAGAGCAAUGAAAACAUAGCUCGCCCUAUGCUUGUCAUAUUUAGAAAAUAGGAACCGCGCAACUCUUGUAGCAUUUCUUUUUCCAGCAUUAAUUAAUACAUAAGUCCAAGGAAUUCACAUUUCUUCUCUUGUUGUCGCAAUACAUCGACGAGCACUUGAAAUGGCGCCUAAAGCCCUGUAUCCUCUUUACUGAUAGGCAUACAACAAGCAUUACCAGUCUGUAAUGAAAUCAGUAUCCUGUUGAAUUGUAACUUAUAGGCACAAUGUAUAACACCUGUUUAUCACAAAUGACAUAUAAAGAGGGAAGCAGUACUUUUUCAAAGUAAUAGGCCAGUGAUCGUUCGUUCAGCUUCAAAUACCUUUAAGCGAGGAUGCACAAAGAAAGAUUAAAAAACUAAGAUUAUGGGUAGCAAAAAUAUUUAAAACUAGGUGUUUCCGUUUGUCGAAUUCGCGUAUUCUCAAGUUAAUUGUCUGUACCAUCGUUAUGAAGAUGUUGCAACACGCCCUUUCAACUAAAAUAAAGUGAGCCCGUUAAACAUGCAGGGUUGCUUUCUUGGCGCAAAGGCGACGGUGCAUCAUCUCUUGUUAGGUUUAUAAGAAAAAACCAACAUGCAUGCUUUUAAGGGGUCUUACAUUUUCACAAACACUCGGAAGUUAAACGCUACGAAGAAUCAUUACGUGAGCUUAACAAUGUUGUUAACAAUGCCACAGAAUCGAGGGCUUUAUCCCACCAUCCUUAUGGCGCCAUUACCCCAAAUAACAAAUUUUCACAAAAUUCUGGAUUUCUGCGUGCCAAAACCAAGAUCUGUUUGCGAGACACGCCGUAUUGGAGGACUACGGAUUAAUUCACGCCACCUGGGGUGUUUAAACGUGCAUCUAAACAUUAGUACACGAACGUCUUUUUACAUUCCGCCCUCAUCGGAAUGCGGCCGUCGCGGUCGCGAUUGAACCCGCGAUCUCGAGCUCAGCAACGCAAUGUCAUAGCCACUAAGUUACCACGGUUGGUUACAACAGAUCAUUACCCGCUUUCUUCUCUUUCUUUUAUCAUGAUGUCCUAUUCUUAAAUGGAUUUGUAAGUUGCCCAGCCAAUGUGCUAUUCAAUCUAUUAAUUGCGAAAGCGCUAUGAGAUCGGUUGCACUUCUCUGCGAAGACUUGCUAAGUGAGAUUCAUCCGGAAUAUCCAAAAUGAGCGUCGCUCGUGCUUGUGGCGUAGCGCGUGUCCUCGCGGAUCUUUUCACGCCACGUUGUAAAUUUUUACCGCCAGCGACACAUACUCCAUUCCCUUCCUGCAAACAUUCCAACUUGCAGGUUGAAACACGUUACUCGUUAGCUUGUGCAUGUUUUGUUGCCUUUGCACGUACAAAAGCUUUCCUUGCCUGUUUUGUUGAAAGUGAAUGUUGAUGUUAAGAAAUAUAUUGCAGCAAAUUGUUAUGUACCCAAGUGCAAGAAACAACGUUAUAUUUCGUCCAAAAGUUUGAGAAAUGCAUCUCAAUCAAAAUUUGAUGCAAUACCCCAUCAUGAUUUGCUUGCUCGUUGACAAAUGGGACACAUAGUGACAGUCAACAUCCGCACUGUCAACAUAAAACAAGUGCAUUUUGAAAUGUUUAAACAGCAACUGAGACUGGUUGGGGAAAAAAAAUCAACAAUUUUCUUCUCGUCGCCACAAAGGAUCCAUCCAACUUCGUGAAAUUCCAGUGGCUUUACGUACCUGUAGGCAUCGAGGCUACCCCAACUAUAUUCUGUGUUUUGUAAAUCUCUUUUUAUAAUCUUAUUUAUUCUCACUGAAGGCAUUAGUGGAAAUUAUUGCCUUACUCACAGUUGUCAUAUUGAGUUAGUGAUUAUAUGCAGUGCGGAGUAUUCCCUUGCCCUUCUUUAAACGUUGGGCACAGAAUUGCAAAGCCCUCUUCAAUUAUGAAAUUCCAGUGUUUACUUCCAACUGCAAAGCUUUCUUAAAUGCUAGCACUAAACGACGAAUACUUCAGGGAACGGCGAAAAUUAUGAAGUAACUAGCGCACAGAACAAAAGGGUCACACGUAUGACGUUGUGUUUGUUGUGACACAGAAACUGGCGCUUUGUGCCAGCGAAAAGCCACUGCAGAGUCUCCAGCUGUUUACUUCUCUCAGCUAUUUCACUCGAAAGUUCUUUAACCGCUGUAAUACAUAUCCACAAACAGAAGUUAGAUAGAAACCAGUUCUUUGUUUCGAAUAAUCGUGAGGACUUUAGCUACGAUGUGACCAUGCCACAUAAAACCCAGAAUGUUUUCGUGAACUUUCUGUGGGCAUUCUGUGUCAUUCGAUAAUUAUACCGAACUCGUCGCAGUUUAUUCGCUACAAGCACUACUAUCUGCUAAACAAGAGUUAUGCGCCUGUAUUGAAGUUUUUUUAGCCCCCAUCACUGCCUAUAUGUCUGUCUGGAUACAGGGAAGGUUAAUAAAACCCACUAUGAAGUUCUUGUACCAACAAAUGAAAGUGAACAUGCCCGGAAAAAAAAUGGUUGAACCAAGUUGACUUUCUUAAGCAGUCUGGUCAUCAUUUCAUUAGGAGAACCUCUUUCUGGUUCCUGCGUUCUCUUAUGAAAACCUAGGCCGGCCUGUUUGAUUCGUCAAAGCCUACUCAUAUUCUUUUCUUUAUUUCAUAUUUAGUAAAAUCAAUAAGAAAUCAAUAGAUAUAUUUUUGUUGUUAUAGCCAAUGUGCUGCUACCAUCAACGUUCUUGCAUCACGGGCACCUUUUGUUCUGUUAACAAAUUGAUCUUUUUUGUGCUACUUGCCAAAAUUUACAAUUAGAGUAUUUGCCCGCAUAUCAUGGAAGUACCUCAGAAAUAGUCACAAUGUUACGUACUGGACCGUUAAUUUCUCAGAACGCUUUACGAGCUCGUCAUUGUUUUCUUCUUGGCACGAUACGACACGGUCAUGUUAAGCGAAUACGAACAAUAUCAGACAAUGGCCAGAAGUUCCUUUACCUUAAGGUGCACCGCAAGCACGCGCAGGCAACUCCAUGCACCGUCAUCAGUGCACGAGCAUUCGUCCAACAGCCCGGGCUCGACUUGAAGGCGUAGUUUGGCGUAUAGUGAAUGCUAGUGCUUCCCGUAUACCACUGUCGGUGCGUCCUUUUGUGCACAAUUUCUUUGAGAGGAGUAUUCGAAGGUCGCCUUUCAUCGACCGAAAUACACAUCCUGGUCUAUCCGGCUCAUUGAGUUUAACGAUGGUGUGCCACGCGUGCGGCGUACCGAUCGACUCCUUACGUGCCCCAUUGCUCGCCGGUCAAGGGGAGAAACAAAAGUACGGUGUGAAAGCGGCAAGUGAACACUUCUCGAGCGAAGCCGGUCAUGCACUUGCUUUUCGCACAACUCGCCAAUUUUCUCUUGACUGCGAAAAGUUGCUGCAGUCUGUAGUUCUAUUUCUCUGAAAUUUUACGUUAAUUACCCUUUUUCUUUAUCUGAAAUGACAGUGCUAAGCUCUUAUAAAGGCUAAUCCACUGCAUCUCAGAGACAAGCUUGCGCGAACAGGAAAGCAAGUAGCACCGCAAAACAGAGGUUAAAAUGUUCAGCUUUGGAGAUUUUGUCGCUCAUUCAUGCAGGGGCUGUUGGUGGUUCGGCACGACGAAAUAAAGGCCCCAGGAAACAGAGCAAGCGCCUUUCGCGCAAUGUUUCGCCCAUCUUAUCGUACAUCUUAUCUGGGAAGAUUAUGAAAGUGCGAUAUAUGUAAUGAAAUGAAGUAAUGGCCUACGAAAAUUAGGCGAGAUAGAAGUCCACUGUACGGAAGGUCAAGAAUAAAUACUUUGGCUUUCAAGAAGAAUUAAAAGUUUACGGUUUAUACCGAUCAAGCAAAGCACUCGAUGCAAGUAAUACCUCAUCUUAACGCACUUCAAAAUUUUCUUCCUUUCUAGGUCUCAGUUAUUCAGUCUAAGACUAACAUGCAUCGCAUAUACUUGCUCAAAGCAAGCAUUCAAGCAUCCAAUCCCUCGAGGCAAUGCAAGCAUGCCUGUAGUCGUGCUCUCACAGACCAUUAUGAAACAGAAAAGUGACACAAUAGUGCUACGUCCGGACACUUGGAAUGAAGGCUGUCGUCACUGAUGAUGUUGAUAACGAAUAUAGUUAGUGACGCCAUAACAUUUCUGAUCAUAAAGAAGUACUGCCUUAUGACAUGGAUAGAGUUUAAGCAUUGCGUUGGGGGGGGGGGAGGGGGGGGGCGUCCAGCAUUCAGCAAUCAGGAGCCACUGCAUCUAAGCCAGUAAGAAAAUGUUUGCAGAACAUCGUGGCUCGUUGAUCACUACUUCAAGCAGCGUGCUAAACUGGUCCAGAAUAAAACUAGCAAGUCGGUUGCGGCAGACGCUUGCGUGAUUUUGGUUCUUUGGUCGUGAAGUAGCCCGCUACAACGUAAGCUACACACGCUAGCUUACCACCUCCCACCGUUUUCAACACCACUCGGUUUCUUAGCGCAGCGUUUUGCGGCGUAGUGUUACCAUCGCUCUCCGAAAUCCAACUUGGAUUGGUCGGAUGCUUACAAGUUACUAAUUUCCUAUCGGACGACCUCAAAUUCGGUGCAGACAAAAUGAAGGUACGAAUUGAGGCUUUUCGUUAAUGCUUACCACGUGGCUGCUUGUAAAAGGCGCAGGCUACAUGCCGUAAGCCAAUGUCAAUUCAUAUGAUUGUGAACUCCCAAAGUCACUCUAGUUGAACUAGAAUUGUGAACUCCCAAAGUCACUCUAGUUGAAGAGCUACGUGACUGGGCAAUACCGCAGACCGCAAUACCGCACCGAUGGAUUUGGGAGCCGGUUCUAACGCCAGAGCUCAAACAUGGAGAUAAUCACUGAGAAAAUACUUCUCCGGUUUAGAGUGCGGCAGCGAUGAUGUGUUGCUAGAAACUUUCAUUUCGUUACGGGAACUGGACCAUGGAAUCCAUGUCCUUUAGAAGUGUUUCACCAACCCAAACGCAGUAAUAAUGACAUAACUGGUUCACGAAUAUUUUGGGUAUGAUUUUCCAAAACAACGAGUGCAGGUGGGGUAGUGACAGAGAACCGCUUAACCUUUUAAUGCAAAGCCUUAGUAAAUUUUCAAUGCCGAGUAUCUUUAGAAUAUGACACAGAAACUUCGUUUAUAUCUGCUCGUAUACAGAAAAGAGCAAUCGCGCAUUAGUUCUUUCUACUAGCACUUCCGAUUUUCGCACCGUAGGAAAUAGAAACCAUUUUCUUAUGUGACAGCUUAUAGGACACUUUUAUUUUAAUGCUUCAUGUAAAUACCCGAGGACAAAUUAUUGUAAAUACUAAGUCCUUUUGCAUCCUCACACACACACACACACUCUCUCUCAUGCCCUCAACAUAGGUUAGCGAUGCUCAUUUGCCCAGAAAGGUUUCCCAGGGGCAAAAUGAUGUUCUGUAAUAUUUAUUUUUCACGAUCAUUUGAUAAGUUUUAAUGAUUUUUGUGGGUGUAGUCUUUAUUUCCGCAGGGUGCUCAAAAGGACUCGUAUUUUACCAGUAAAAAUAAUCUUAAUAACCCUUCAGAGAGCUCUCUUUCAGACACUUUAAAAUUAUGUAAUAAAGCUUGCUGCGCUUGGCUUUGCAUAACACGAAAACAUUCAAUAACCAAACGGCACUUGGACGCCGCACUGUCAUGGAGAGGAAUAGCCGAGAUGAGGCUAAGGCCUGAACCAACGCUAUCGGAAACCUUUGCGAAAUAUUACUGUAUUUGGCUUGAGUACUCUCAGGCAGGUUAUCUUGUUCAUCAUAGCAAUGGUUUCCAAACGCCCUACGUUAAAGUGUAAACAUUCACUGAAUUUGACACAGAAGCGUAAUGAACUUGAGCCAGCUUUUCAAAGCUUUUUCGCUCAUACUAAGGGGCAAUGUGCAAAUGUGCCGCUGCCAUAUUGUGUUGAAAAAGCACUGCAGAAAGACCAUGCAGCAGGGCAGCUUCUUUUGUUUUUCAAAGCAUGAGCCAUGGUUUCUUAUUACCAGGUUGGCUAAGAAGGCAAGGUGUUCAUUCAAGGUAAAAGUGCAAAAUGAAAUAACCAUUCUCGAACGUAGCUUCAAUACGUGUACUGACCUCCCUUGCAGACUCCUUUCUACGAAGACAAUGUAAUAGCUUCGAGAGCACAGCUACACUGAUGCCUCCUAUCACUGAGGAAGCAUUACUCUUUUGAAAGAAGGAUGUCCUUUUGAGAACAUAGACUGCGCCGCUCCUGCAACAAUAGUAGGUCGUUUUCAACGCACUAUGAUAUGCCGCACAACAAGCGAUAGAACCAAAUACAAACUCUAGCCCUUACUACAUGAAUGCCAGGACAACGCCAUUUCGCUGCCGUGUUAGGUAACCCUUACAGUGCCCACGCAAAGAUGCCAGAAUCAUCUUUCAAAUACACAGCCUGCCGAUAAGUCCUGUCAUUACAUAAGCAGUUUUCUUCCACCAAGUAGCUUGGUUCACGUUUUUUCAUGGCAUCAUUGUGACAACAAACGAGGUUCAUUAACCAAACAACACCGUUGUCACCCCCCCCCCCCUCCCCGUUAUGCGUACCACAUGCAAGCGUUAAAAUGUAACGAAAGAUGAGUGAAUCCCCCUUUAAAAAAAUUGGUGUGAGAUUCUUUAGGCCACCUACAAACGCGUUGUUGAGGGCUUUAUGUGGCCAAUUGAAUGUCACAGAACAAUUUUUGUAUAAAGACGCAUUACUCGUGACCACCAAGUGACAUGCCUGAAGCGGAAAAUGUAUUAUGUACAGUAGCCUAUUUAGGCAUGCAAAAAAGCUUAUGUCCUUCCAGCAUAAAGUUUCGUAAUUGUCCUAUAGGAAAGUGAGUGUUAUUUGUUAUUUUUUUAACAUUGCGACAUUGCAUUCACAAGUUACAUCAGCGAAGCCCCUUGAUACGGAGUAUCGAUAGAUUUAUUGUUAAAUUGAUGCAGUCGCAGAGUUGAUAAGGUACAAGCAACUGCUAUAGCCUGUACUGACGAGAAGCCAACCACAAGGCGACUUCAUUCACUCAUGUUUCACUGAAUGUUUUUUUUUUUUCUUUCGUAAAAUGUCGCUCAUGGACAUCUAAAUCCGGUACAAUAUUAUUUAUUUUAUACAAUUUACUUGUAUAUAUUCAGUUCCUUUAUGGGCGCACGAAACUUAUGGUGAAAUAAGAGCCCGCUGGAAUGCUGAGGUCAAAAACGAGCCUUUCUGCAUGCCUAACGCCUUCAUAAACACCCUAGACGUUGCCGUCGUUCUUCAAUACUUUUUACACUGUCUGUAUGGUUGCCAGCCUAAGUUUUGUUGCGUGUGUAAAGAUGUGCCUCUCUGCAGUGUAUUGCGUCCGCUGCGAAACCGUGCACCUCCAUAAAAAAUGGCGAGUUCUUUGUUCCAGAGCCUACUUUAUGUUAGUUACCGAGAGUUUCCUUCCAUUUUUUAUAUGGCUCCUUUUGCACCAUCGCGAAGAUACAGUGAUACAUUCUACUACUACCAAUACUAUGUACAUCUCACGCCUUCAUGACAUUAAAGGAACAGAUUUCCGUUUUUCUUACCUGAUACCCAA